ACGGAAAACAAGAUGGCGACCCAGGUCGCGUGCAAGUCAAUGGAAGUGGAAGAUUCAAUUUCUCGCGGGUCAAUCGAAGUUUGCCGGCUGAUGCAUCCAGAUGAUGCAAACAUGGCGGGAAAUGUCCAUGGUGGGACGAUCUUGAAGCUGAUCGAGGAAGGAGGUUUUAUAAUCGCUACGCGCCACUGCAACAAGAAUCGACGCAAAGAUGACGAAGUAGUUUUUGCUGCCUUAGCGCGUGUCGAAAGAACAGACUUUUUACUGCCGAUGUACAUCGGAGAAGUGGCACAGGUUCACGUCGAGCUGGGUUAUGCGUCAAAACGAUCGUUGGAGGUGAAAGCGUUUGUUUGGGCGGAAAAUCUGGGAACUGGAAAUCGUCGACUGACAAAUAGUGCGUCGCUUUGGUAUGUUCCAGCUGUUUGGGGUUCUGAUUUAAAGGUUAUACCUGAGGUCCCAGCGCUUGAGUAUUCAAGCAAGGAGGAAGAAGAGAGAGGUAAGGCGCGCUACGAGAUGCAGAAGAGAGCAAGGCUGGAUAAAGAGGAACAUCUACAGGAGACUCCACUUUGCAGUGGCACAGUUUCCUCCUGGGUUCAGCCAGAUGGAGUGCAUGUCUCUCGUUACAGUGUGGCAAAUUCACAGUCAUCCCUGAUUCACUCAGUACAGCCUUCAGACUGUACUAGUACUGGCUUUGUACUUGGAGGUGUAACCAUGAAAAUGAUGGAUGAAGUUGCAGGAAUUGUGGCAUUUAGACAUUGUAAAAGCAAUGUGGUUACAGCAUCAAUUGAUGCAAUUGACUUCCAUGCACCAGUUAAGCUUGGUCAUAUCAUACACCUUACUGGCCGGGUAACGUUUACAAGCAACAAGUCCAUGGAAAUAGAAGUUGUUGUAGAUGCCAAGGACUAUCUUGCAGAAAAGAGUGUCAGAGCAUGCAGUGCAUUUUUCACUUUUGUGUCCCUGGAUGACAAAAGACGACCUCAGGCUGUCCCCCCUUUGGAACCUGAGACUGAUGAUGAAAGGAAACGCUUUGAUGCUGGGAUGAAGAGAUAUCAACUGCGCAAAGAAAGAAGAGUGCUUCAAAGCUGAUUAUCAGCCUCCCUCCUCCCUUAUCCCCCAUGAAUAUGUCUUUUGUGUUUUCUCCCCACUAUUGUAUCGUGGGAGGAGCAUCGGAACUGCAUUAGCCAUGUUCCAUGACUUGAUGUUUUUAUUAAUAAAAAUGCUUAUGGGUUAUUGACCAAGCUUGAGGUAAAGAUAGCUGGAUGUUGGCCAAAAUAGUCUUUCAUUUUUUAAUUUAUUUUUUGUUGUUGUUGUGUGUGUGUGUGUGUUUAUGGACCGAGACACAGUGGUGUUCCAUAGACAGACAAAAACAAUCAAGACUAACAUCCAGGCCUUUUUACAGAAGGCACUUGGUCAAUGUCUUAAAAGGAUUUCUUAUAUGGUACAUGUACGUGUACAUGUGUGCAGGACACCACUUUCUUGGGACAAUGGAGAAUCUUGAAUGGGCAAAAUGAGGGUACAUGUAUCUUGCCUGUUCAGGUAGCCAAUUAUGGCACAUGAUUUGAUUGAUCCUGCCAACUUGUGGAGUUAGUGGUAAAAUAAUAUCUAUUACUAGUAAGAUCCAUUAAAUGUUCUUAUAUAGAAUUUAAAAGAUAGUACAUUUUGUAAUUCAAAUUAUAAUUUAUAUCAUACAACAUUUGGAUCAAACGGAAAGAUAACUUGCAUCACUGGUUAUUCUAAGACUAAAUUAUUUAACUUAAUUUAAAAUAAACAAAUUUGGUGCAAGGAUAUUUACUUAACAGUAGGAGAAUCAUUGUUUACGGUAUUUGCCUUAUUGGCAUAAGCACUUCAGGGUCUGAUUGAGAAGCAAAAAUAUGAGCUACAACAAUUGAAAAGCCAGUGGUAUGAGUAACUGUCCAAGCUUACUUUGCCUAGUGUUUCUUAAAUACUUUUUGUGCGACGCAGGUUCAAAAACUCAAACCUUCACAAAGGAUGUACAAUAUGGGCUUAUUGGCGCUUUUACCAUUAAGAAAUUUUGCAGUUUUUGAAAGCCAACAUCCCCUUCUACAGUGUGUGUACAUUAUACCCAAGAGCUAAAAACGUUACCAAUAUUUACUAAGUUUUGCAGUCUCUUGGAAUGUUUAGAAUCAACGUGCAUCUGAUACGAAGCCUUCUCUGAGGAAAGUCGUAUGCCAAUAAGGCAAAUGUAAACAAUACCAUCAUUGACAAUCGCCCAAUAUCGUAAGAUAUUGUACUGACUAUACUGUAUUUGUAUUUUAAUUUCUAGAGAUAUCAACAAGUAUAAAUAAACUGCUUUAUGGAAAAAA